UACAAGUAAACUUGUUGUCACAAAACAUGUCAGCAGUAAGCCUAGAGAUUUUAGAGUUUAUUCGCCCAGAGGGAAACAACAAGAAUUUAUAUAUAACCGGUAUACCUUGGAUGGAAGAAGCUGAGAUACUGGAUAAGUUCUAUCAACUAUUCACAACAUAUGGCCCAGUAUAUGGUAUUCGUCUGUGUCCGGCAAGUAUAAAAAUUUCUCGACCAGUCUCUGAGCCAGACACACCUCCUUUCAACUGUAGGGUGGGAAUAGCACUUAAUGACACAGACAAAGACAAGUCAACACCACCUGGUGGUAACAACGAGCAGAAUGGAUACUAUGCCUUUGUGACGUUUUAUCUGGCUAUGAGUGCUAAAAGGGCAAAGGACAAUUUAAAAAGCCGACUUAUUAUUCAAGGGAAUGAGUGCAAGAUUUCCACAGCCAAGAGAAAGAAGGAAAUAAGUAGAGCCACUCUACACUUUACAAAGUGUCAGGAACUGGCAAACCAAUACCUAGGCUUUAAUGGAUGGUCCACUUCUGUCAAACUGCUAGAAUGUGACUCUGAGGUGCAGGAAGGUGAGAUAAAAAAGCUGCAGUAUGUGUGUGUGGUCAGAUUGAACAUCGCUCAACAUGGUUUAAGUACUGAUGGUCUUGGAGCUUGGGAGGAAUCCUGUCUCACCACAGAUCCCACAAGUAGAGCCAAAGCGAUCUGUAAGGCUAAGAAACUGUCCUACCAGAGAGCUGUGGAGGACGCUUUCUCCAGAGUCCUCCUCAUCGUCCUCAACAACGGCAAAGUUUCUGUCGAAAUAGACACCACCAGACCAGAUGCCUUACUGGCCCAGAAACAAGUUAACAUGGAACCUGUUCUUAAGGUUAACGAGUUAGAUAAAGAGCCAGAAGAGGAGCAGAUAGAUAUGUCGUUCAAUGAUAUUGAUGACAUUGAUGACAUCAACCUUCACAUCCUACAUCAGCUGGAAGAGGAAAUGUAGAUCGAGGUCAAGAUCAUCACAAUGUUACUUGAGGUGCUUGAAACGAAGGUCAACAGUGAUGCCUCAACAAAGGUUACGACAGUGAUUGUGACUCAAUAAGCGUUGACUGAAAUUUUACAACAUCCCUCAGCAAAGAUCAACAGCAUCCAUGUUCAUAUUGACUUAUUACAAAGGUUAACAGGGACCACGCAUCAACAAAGGUCAACAGCAUGACCCCUAUUAAUGGUCCACCAUAACUUAGAGUGACCAUUAACGGUGGUCAACCAUAACUUAGAGUGACCAUUAACGGUGGUCCACCAUAACUUAGAGUGGCCAUUAACGGUGGUCCACCAUAACUUAGAGUGACCAUUGACGGUGGUCCACCAUGACUUAGACUGACCAUUAACGGUAGUCCACCAUAACUUAGAGUGACCAUUAACGGUGGUCCACCAUAACUUAGAGUGACCAUUAAUGGACACAAGAAGCAACUCUGUUAACAGUGAAUUUCAUCAAUCUCCAAAACAUCCGCAACAUAAAAGUUCAUGGUUUUAUAUCUCUUCAUUUGGUGAUCCUUUAAAAUUUAUAUUUCCUUCGGUCAUGUCUUGAUACUACAGUGUGUUCAACAUAUUUGUGAUACAAAUAAGGAGUCGUCUAAUUAUUUGUUAUGUGACAAUAGGCAAAACGUACAUUGUUAUUCAUGUUUUUGUUGAACUCUUUAUAAAUUGUUUGAAAUUGUUAUCACUCACUAUAUUUUUAUCUGUUUAAUUUUUCAAUAAA